AUGGAGACAGAUCGGAAAACAGAGGCCAGAAGAGAAGGGCUGGGUCUGAUUCUAGUUCAGAGUCGCAUCACGGGUCUGGAGCUCCUUUCUGAGAACCAGGUACGGAGUCGGGGUCCAGCUGGGCUAGGGAUUCAUUGUGAUCACUCCAGGCUGGGUCUCGGAACUGGUUCUAGCCUGGCCUCAUUCCUGGUUCCUGAGGGACAGGGUCCCAGAGCGAGUGUGUGUGUGUGUGGGUGUGUGGUGUGCGCGCGCGCGAGCCUGGCCCUGGACCGGCACCACUCACGCUGUCCUCCGGUCUCGGUGGGAGGGCGGCGUUCUCCGCAGAGCGGGACCAGUUUCCUCGUAAACGACCAGAGCCGCUUCGCCAAGGAAGUGCUGCCCCAGUACUUCAAGCACAGCAACAUGGCGAGCUUUGUUCGGCAACUCAAUAUGUACGGUUUUCGGAAGGUGGUGAGCAUUGAGCAGGGAGGCCUGCUCAGGCCCGAGCGCGACCACGUGGAGUUCCAGCACCCGAGCUUCGUGCGCGGCCGGGAGCAACUGCUGGACCGCGUGCGGCGCAAGGUGGGGGCGCGGCUGCGGGAGCUCAGGCAGCAAAACGAGAUCUUAUGGAGGGAGGUGGUGACACUGCGGCAGAGCCAGGGCCAGCAGCACCGGGUCGUUGGCAAGCUGAUCCAGUGUCUCUUUGGGCCACUUCAGGCUGGGUCCAGCAACACAGGAGCUAAGAGAAAGCUGUCCCUGAUGCUGGAUGAGGGGAGCUCAUGCCCAACACCGGCCAAAUUCAGUGCCUGCCCCCUACCUGGUGCCCUCCUACAAGACCCCUACUUUAUCCAGUCGCCCCUCCCAGAGACCACCUUGGGCCUCAGCAUUCCUCACAGGGCCAGGGGACCCAUCAUCUCUGACAUCCCGGAAGAUUCUCCAGCCCCUGAAGGGACCAGGCUUCUUCCCUCCAGUGGUGGCAGGAGGGACGACAGCCAGGCAUUGCUCAAAGAAGAGCCAGCCAGCCCAGGAGUGGACGGCCAGGCUGGGCAGGCUCUGGCCUCAAACGAGUGUGGAUUCUGUGUGACAGCCCCACCACCACUGCCUGUGGCUGUGGUGCAGGCCAUCCUGGAAGGAAAAGGGAGCUUCCGCCCUGAGGGGCCCAGGAGUGCCCAACAGCCCGAACCAAGGGGGCCCAGGGAGGUACCUGACAGGGGGCCUCUGGGCCUGGAAAGCGGGGGCCAGAGCCCAGAGAGUCUGCUGCCUUCAAUGCUACUUCGGGCCCUCCCUGAAAGUGUGGAGCCUGCAGGGCCCCUGGAUGUGCUGGGCUCCAGCCUCCAAGGGCGGGAAUGGACCCUGAUGGACUUGGACAUGGAGCUGUCCCUGAUGCAGCCCCUGGUUCCAGAGAAGGGUGAGGCUGAACUGGCCGUCAGGGGGUUAAAUUCUCCAGGCCCAGGGAAGGACUCCACUCUUGGGACACCACUCCUGCUGGACGUCCCGGCGGCUGUGGGAGGCCCAGCUCUCAGCCUGCCUGGAGCUGUAACCAUUCAGAGCCCCCCUGCGAGCCGGGCCUCCUACCUGGGUCCCGGGGCUGAUCCCUCCCCCUGAGACUCUCCAGUCUGAAGCCAGCCUGGCUGAGGGCUGCCUGCAGCCUCACGCCUUUCUCGCCUUCCUGUCCCCCUGGCGGAGGCUGAGCGAAGACCCUGCUGCUCGCAGGCCCCCUUCCACUACAGUUCCAAGUUAUGCACAUAAACCGCAUUGUUUUCUGUG